AUGGAAGAGAACAGGUGGUUUUUGUCUGUCAUUCAGAGUGACUUCUUGGACGGGAAGAUUGAUUUAAAGAUGACAAUGAAGCUACUUGAAAAACUGCAAAUGCUUUGUGAUUAUGCACACGUGAAACAUGUUUUCAGGAAAACAAUUGACAAACGGAAGGAUCACAUGAUUAACAUAGAAGACUUCAGGGCAAUUUAUCGAACUAUUGUACACAGACCUGAAUUUAAUGAACUUUUCCGUGUUUAUGCGCCAAACUCCAGAAUUCUAAGUUACACUGAGCUCAUUGAAUUUCUCAAAAAAGAACAACAUGAAACUGAAGCUUGUGAAACAACUGCCUUAGAAAUUAUUUUAAAGCAUGAACCCAUUGAAGAAGUGAGGAAAAAAAGGCAGAUGUCAUUUGAAGGAUUUGUGAGGUACUUGAUCUCAGAAGACAGUUCGGUAUUUAAAAGUGAUCACAGGACCGUCUACCAAGAUAUGAACCACCCAUUAUGUGACUAUUUUAUUUCAUCUUCUCACAACACCUACUUGGUAUCUGACCAACUAAUAGGGCGCAGUGAUUUAUGGGGAUAUGUCAGUGCUCUCUUAAAAGGAUGUCGUUGUCUGGAAAUUGACUGCUGGGAUGGCUCAGACAAUGAACCUGUUGUGUAUCAUGGUCACACUUUAACGAGCAAAAUUUCAUUUCAUUCUGUAAUUCAAGUGAUAGACAAGUAUGCAUUUGCGGCAUCUGACUAUCCAGUUAUACUGUCUUUGGAGAACCACUGCAGCCCUAAGCAACAGGAAGUAAUAGCAGACUAUUUAGAAACUAUUCUAGGUGACAAACUUCUUACUUCACCAAUUGGUGAUGCAGCAGUGACUCAACUACCUUCUCCUGAGGCAUUGAAAUUCAAAAUUCUGAUAAAAAAUAAGAAAGUUGGAACAAUUGAGGAAGGUAUGCUCAGAAAAGAUGUUGACAGUCACGGUGAAACUAUGGAAAUUUCUGAUUCUGAAGAUCUAUCUGAUGAAGAUGAGACUGAUGAAAAACGCCGUCUUGUCCAAAGGACGAGUUCGCGCAAAAGAAAAUGUGAACGUAAACCUUCACCUCCACCUCGAAAAAAGGCAAAGAAGAAGAAGACAAAAAUUGCCCUUGCGUUGUCGGACCUUGUGAUUUAUACCAAAUCUCAGAAGUUUGUGAGCUUUGAUUAUUCCUUAGCUAAUCAGAAGUGCUAUGAAAAUAAUUCAAUUGGAGAGGUUCGAGCACAAAAAUUUGCAAAACAUUCAG